AUGGGAAACCGUGGCAUGGAGGAGCUGAUCCCGCUGGUCAACAAGCUGCAGGAUGCCUUCAGCUCCAUCGGCCAGGCCUGCAACCUGGACCUGCCGCAGAUCGCAGUGGUCGGCGGGCAGAGCGCAGGAAAGAGCUCCGUGCUGGAGAACUUUGUGGGCAGGGACUUUCUGCCCCGUGGAUCUGGUAUUGUCACCCGCAGACCCCUGGUUCUGCAGCUUAUCAGCGCCACUGCAGAAUGGGCUGAAUUCCUCCACUGCAAAGGGAAAAAGUUUACAGACUUCGAUGAGGUUCGCCAGGAGAUCGAGGCGGAGACGGACCGUGUCACAGGGGCCAACAAAGGCAUAUCUCCCAUACCCAUCAACCUGCGGGUUUACUCCCCUCAUGUGUUGAACUUGACUCUCAUCGAUCUACCGGGGAUCACUAAGGUGCCAGUGGGAGACCAGCCUGCUGACAUCGAGCAGCAGAUCAGGGACAUGAUCAUGCAGUUCAUCACCAGAGAGAGCUGCUUGAUCCUGGCUGUUACUCCAGCUAACACUGACCUGGCCAACUCUGAUGCCCUGAAACUGGCGAAAGACGUCGAUCCCCAGGGACUGAGGACUAUUGGAGUGAUCACUAAACUGGAUUUAAUGGAUGAGGGCACAGAUGCCCGAGAUGUACUGGAGAACAAGCUGCUGCCGCUGCGAAGAGGUUAUAUUGGAGUAGUCAAUCGAAGUCAGAAGGACAUUGAUGGGAGGAAAGACAUCAAGGCAGCUUUAGAAGCUGAGAGGAAGUUCUUCUUGUCCCACCCAUCUUACAGGCACAUGGCUGAAAAAAUGGGCACCCCACGCUUGCAGAAAAUACUCAACCAGCAACUGACCAACCACAUCCGGGACACCCUGCCAGCUUUCCGCAGUAAGCUGCAGUCCCAGCUGUUGGCUCUGGACAAGGAGGCCGAGGAAUACCGGGGAUACCGACCUGAUGACCCGUCUCGUAAAACCAAGCAGCUGUUGCAGAUGGUGCAGCAGUUCUCCGUGGACUUUGAGAAGAGGAUUGAGGGUUCAGGAGACCAGGUGGACACAGUGGAGCUGUCUGGUGGAGCAAAAAUUAACCGCAUCUUCCAUGAGCGUUUCCCCUUUGAACUGGUCAAGAUGGAAUGUGAUGAGAAGGAGAUGCGACGCGAGAUCAGUUACGCCAUCAAGAACAUCCAUGGUAUCAGGACUGGACUUUUCACCCCCGACAUGGCGUUUGAGGCUAUUGUGAAGAAGCAGGUCAUAAAGCUGAAGGAGCCCUGUGUCAAGUGUGUGGACAUGGUCAUCCAGGAACUGAUUAACACUGUGCGCCAGUGCUCCAACAAGCUGGAAUGCUUUCCGAGGCUGCGUGAGGAAACUGAGAGAAUUGUGACUUCUCACAUUCGAGACAGAGAGAGUCGGGCCAAGGACCAGGUUCUGCUGUUGAUUGAUAUCCAGCUCUCUUACAUCAACACUAACCACGAGGACUUCAUUGGCUUUGCUAACGCACAGCAGAGGAGCAGUCAGACUAAUAAGAGCCAGAGUUCAGCAGGAAAUCAGGCCUCUUCUCCUCCCGCAUCAGGCCUGAUUGUCAUCCGUAAAGGCUGGCUGACCAUCAACAACAUCAGCAUCAUGAAGGGAGGAGCCAAGGAGUACUGGUUUGUGCUGACGGCUGAGAGUCUCUCCUGGUUCAAGGAUGAUGAGGAGAAGGAGAAGAAAUACAUGCUCCCCCUGGACAACCUGAAGGUUCGCGAUGUGGAGAAGAGUUUCAUGUCCAGCAAGCACAUAUUCUGCAUUUUCAAUACAGAGUCAAGGAAUGUGUACAAGGACAAUCGCACCCUGGAGUUGGCCUGUGACUCUCAGGAUGAUGUGGACAGCUGGAAGUCUUCUCUCCUUCGUGCUGGAGUGUAUCCUGAGAAGACCAUCACGAGUGAGACCACCACCACUUCAGAUAACUUCUCCAUGGACCCUCAACUGGAACGUAAAGUGGAAACUAUUCGUAACCUGGUGGACUCCUACAUGGCUAUCGUCAACAAGUGCAUCCGGGACCUGAUGCCAAAGACCAUCAUGCAUCUCAUGAUCAACAAUGUGAAGGACUUCAUCAAUGCAGAGCUACUGGCCCAGCUGUACUCUGCAGGUGACCAAAAUGCCCUGAUGGAUGAGUCCCAGGAGCAGGCCCAGAGGAGGGAUGAGGUGCUGAGGACCCACCAGGCCCUGAAGGAGGCCCUGCUCAUCAUUGGUGAUAUCUCCACCUCCACCAUCACUGUUCCACUGCCUCCACCUGUUGACACAUCCUGGGUGGGAGGAUCCACUGGUGGUCGCAGGUCUCCUCCACCCAGUCCCACUGCCCCCAGGAGGAUGUCUUCAGGCCAGCGCCCAGCUCCCCGAGGGGCCCCACCACCACCAAAUCGCCCAGGACCCCUCGGGCCCUUCAACAACACCGCUGACAGCCCUCAGGCUCCCAGUCGCCCAAACAGGGCCCCUCCAAGCAUCCCCAGCCGGCGGCCCCCUCCAUCUCCUACACGACAAGCUCCACCAUAAUCAUCCAAAGGGAUCAUCCUCAUACCCUUAUCUCCGUCCCUCAGCCACCUCAUUCCUCCUCUCUUAGCCAUGGCUCUGCUGUCCUGGUCUCUCCUUAGUGCAGACUCUGAAGUCUUUGACCCCUUUGACCCUCAAUUUCCUGCCAGGUGACGAUGUCCAUAUAUCUAUGUACAGUAUGGUACUUGUCUUGU